CGACACGGGUGCGCAGCAUCUCAAUAUAAAUGUAGAAGAUCACUCUUUUGAGUAUCCUGAUGCAGUCUAAAUAUCUUUCUAGGGGUUCAUUUUAGGUAAAAGGGCUGCAUAUAAUACAGGCAGAAGGAAUGCAGAUUUUGUCAAUUUUGGAAGAUAAUCCUAUCCUAUUGUGUUGAGAGUGUUAGUUGCAUUCUUCUUGUUAUUGGAAUAGGGGCUUUACAAGUUGUAAAGAUGAGGAAGGACAGAACAACAGGACACAGGAGGAGCGCUAGAAUAUCAGCAUUGGAGGAAAAGGCACGUAUUCUAGCUCUAGAGAAGCUCGCAAGGAGCAAUGCCAGCAUUAGUUCAUCACCGCCGCCACCAGGUUCUAGAAAAAGGGGACGCAAAUGCAAAAGUCUUCAAGCAGUGGUCGUUAAUUCUGUUACUACCUCUCCUCAUCAGGAAGGAGAAGACUCGAAACAUGAAGACAAUGCGGGAAAAGCUGAACUAUUGGAGAAAUCAUCAUCUCCGCAACGGCUGCCUAAGAAACAGACACUUGAAUUUGUACUUGACAUACUGCAGAGGAGAGACACAGAAGAGAUAUUCGCGCAGCCAGUUGACCCUGAAGAGGUGAUUGGAUAUUACAAUAUCAUUAAAGAGCCAAUGGAUUUCGGCACGAUGAGGGCUAAACUUCAGGAAGGACUGUAUACAAGUUUGGAACAAUUUGAGCGCGAUGUGUUUCUGAUAUCCAGCAAUGCAAUGAAGUUCAAUUCUUCAACUACAGUGUAUUACACAGAGGCUCGAGCUAUAAGUGAAUUGGCUCAACGCCUUUUCCAUUCAUUGAGAACUGAACCUGAAAACUUUCAACUGGAGUAUUCCCGGACGAGAAGACGCCCUGGCAGGAAAGCACAAAGUGAAGCUGGAGGUUCACACACCAAGCCUGCUAAACCUGGUAGUUCCAACGAUGGUGUCUCCUUAAAUGAUCCAACUCUGAGGAGACCUACCCCAGCAUUCCUUGGUCCACCCUAUCCGAAACCUUUUGCUGGCCAAUUGCAUAAUGGAAUGCUUUCUGUGUCAAGAGAUGGUAGGACUUCAAGUUUGCCCACAACUGAAAGACGUAUGUCAUAUUCGUCACCGGCUCUGUUCCGCAAUGAGAAUGAGAAGAUAGUUUCAGCAGUUUAUAAUGCUCCAAAAUCACUUGCCAAUGUUACACAAUCAGGUAUCCCUUAUGUGGAUAGUCUGACGCGAUUUGCUAAAGAUUUAGGACCAACAGCACAAAAUGUGGCGAACAAGAAACUAGGAAUGUAUCCAAUAGAAGCAGCUGCAAAUAGUGCUUCCUGGAAUCCAUCAUCUUUUGGCAGGACUGCUGAUUGUCUGUUUCCUAAACCACCUGCCUUCCCAAGUCCUGCAAAUCUGAAUGGGAGAGGUAAUGAAGGUCAAAUGCCUUAUAAUUUUAUUCCUAAUACUUCUGCUUCUUAUAAAGGGAAGAUGGUCUGCACCAAUGGAGGAACUAGUACUUAUGGAGGAGAAUCGAUCCCCAAUUACAAUAGCUUGGGAACAAGGCCUUACACUACUAAUGGUGGUCUUACUGAUUAUAAUUUGCUGGGGCAAGAGGGUGCUAAUACAAGCAGAAAUACAGGAGGUUGUGUUUUUCCAACCGAGAAAGCAACAGGAACUGGUGAUAGCAUGGACCUUCUUAUCGCAACCCUUAAUCAGAUUGGUGCUAUUCAAAACCGAAAUAACCAUACUCCAUCAGGAACUUAUUACCCUCUUACCGGGUAUGCAGAUUUGCCUCCUGCUUCAUCUCAGAUCAACAACAUGGCUCAGCCAUGGCUGCUAAAUAAACCUUCUGAGUCAUCCUGCUUGCCUUAUUCAAGUGAUAGUAGAGCCACCACCUCUUUAUAUCCGAGUGGGGAAGGGACAAGUGCUGCUGCUCCAGCUGCACUAAACCAGAAUUAUAUGGCUCAAACUAUCCAGUCUGUUCAACCAGAGGAAUGGAAGCAAUCGGCAUUAUGGGGUCUGCCACCGAUAUGUGAUCUUCCAGUCUUGCAAACAAAUUUUAAUGAUCAGCAGAUACCAUUGAUGCAGCAACAACAAUCACCACAAGUCCCAUUGGCUCAGGAUAUACCUUCGUUCAAUACGAUGAACUUUCUUGGAGGAGCAAAUCCGCAAGGUUAUCAUCGAGCAGAGUCAUCUAAUGCUCAAUGCUUUUGGAACACUCAUCAAUCAUCCUUGAUGAGUAACAAGCAGCCUGAUUUGGAUCUUCAGCUUUGAGCUGCUUUCUCUCUCAGUUACUUCCCUGAAUAAGACAUGAAGUAUGAACUAUAAACUUCUUCCUUAGCUUAUUUUUACUAAGAAUUAUUAUAGAAUCCUGGAUUCUGUAACCUAGGAAGGUUGAUCUGUUUACCUUCUGCAGGUUUCAAAAUCAAAACAUCAUGGUUUGGUUUAAGCUUUUAAGUAGUUCAAGUCCUAGACAUUAAAUUAUUAAUA